CAGAGACCGGGAGCCAGAGCAGCAAGAAGGUGUCUGCUGGAGCAAGCGGAACAGAGCCAACCCCAGACAAGGGACUUGAGAGGGACGACAAACUCUUAAGCUACACCCACUAUAGACCCCAAGUGCCCCAUCAGCCAGGAGGGACCCUCGCAGCCAGUCCCCACCCCACCUUGGCCCCCAACUCCAUACUCAUCUCUUCCCCUUCUCCUCAGAAGGCUGGCUGACGCCCAGACACAGGUGGCUCCCACACCAACCAUCAGGAUGGCGACUGCAGAGGACCUGCCCCUCCCUCCACCCCCAGCCCUGGAAGAUCUGCCAUUGCCGCCACCCAAGGAGUCCUUCUCCAAGUUCCACCAGCAGCGGCAAGCCAGUGAGCUCCGCCGCCUCUACAGGCACAUCCACCCUGAGCUCCGCAAGAAUCUAGCUGAGGCCGUGGCUGAGGAUCUGGCUGAGGUCCUGGGAUCUGAGGAGCCCACCGAGGGUGAUGUCCAGUGUAUGCGCUGGAUCUUUGAGAACUGGCGACUGGACGCCAUUGGAGAUCAUGAGAAGCCAGCUGCCAAGGAGCCAGUGCCAGGUGGUGACGUCCAGGGCACCUCCCGCAAGUUUGAGGAAGGCUCCUUUGCCAACAGCGUAGACCGGGAGCCAGCCGGGCCCCAGCCAUGCGGAGGGGAUGUUCGGGCAGCCCGCUGGCUGUUUGAGACAAAGCCACUGGAUGAGUUGACAGGGCAGGCCAAGGCACUGGAGGCUACUGUGAGGGAGCCAGCUGCCAGCGGGGAUGUGCAGGGCACCAGGAUGCUCUUUGAGACGCGGCCACUGGACCGCCUGGGCUCCCGCCCCUCCAUCCAGGAGCAGAGCCCCUUGGAGCUGCGCUCAGAGAUCCAGGAGCUGAAAGGUGAUGUGAAGAAGACAGUGAAGCUGUUCCAAACAGAGCCACUGUGUGCCAUCCAGGAUGCACAGGGUGCCAUCCAUGAGGUCAAGGCUGCCUGCCGGGAGGAGAUCCAAAGCAACGCAGUAAGAUCUGGCCGCUGGCUCUUUGAGACCCGACCUCUGGAUGCCAUCAAUCAGGACCCAAGCCAGGUUCGGGUGAUCCGGGGGAUCUCCCUGGAGGAGGGGGACCGGCCCGAUGUCAGCGCAACUCGCUGGAUCUUUGAGACACAGCCCCUGGAUGCCAUCAGGGAGAUCGUGGUGGAUGAGAAGGACUUCCAGCCAUCCCCAGACCUUAUCCCACCUGGUCCAGAUGUCCAGCAGCAGCGGCAUCUGUUUGAGACCAGAGCACUGGACACUCUAAAAGGGGAAGAGGAGGUUGGAACAGAGGUCCCACCCAAGGAGGAAGUGGUCCCUGGUGAUGUCCGCUCUACCCUGUGGCUAUUUGAGACAAAGCCCUUGGAUGCUCUCAGAGACAAGGUCCAAGUGGGUCACCUGCAGCGCGUGGAUCCCCAGGAGGGUGAGGAGCUCACACGCGAGUGUCUAUCUAGUGGCAGCUCCUCAGCACUGCCCCUCUCUCAGAGCGCCCCCCAGAGGGAUGGACUGAAGGGAGACGUGAAGACUUUCAAGAAUCUUUUUGAGACCCUUCCCUUGGACAGCAUCGGGCAGGGUGAGCCCUCGGCCCAUGGGAGUGUGAACAGAGGAGAAGGAACUGAUCGUGCUGGGCAUUCCCAGAACAUAGGGUCUCCAGUGUAUGCUAUGCAGGACAGCAAGGGCCACCUCCAUGCUCUGACCUCUGUUAGCAGAGAGCAGGUAGUCGGAGGUGAUGUGAAGGGUUACAGGUGGAUGUUUGAGACACAACCCCUAGACCGACUGGGCCGAAGCCCCAGUACCAUAGAUGUGGUGCGGGGCAUCACCCGGCAGGAAGUGGUGGCAGGGGAUGUUGGCACUGCUCGGUGGCUCUUUGAGACUCAGCCCCUGGAGGUGAUCCACCAGCGGGAGCAACAGGAACGACAGGAAGAAGAGAGGAAGAGUCAGGGAGGCCCCCAGCCUGAGGCGCCCCCAAAGGGUGAUGUGCAGACUAUCCGGUGGUUGUUCGAGACAUGCCCAAUGAGUGAGUUGGCUGAAAAGCAGGCGUCAGGGUUCACAGAUUCCACAACCACGGCCGAGGCACAGUCCUGCACCUGGAUGUUCAAGCCUCAACCCCUGGACAGACCAGAGGGCUCCAGGGAGCAGCACCUGCAGGUUAGCCAGGUCCAGGCUGGGGAAAGACAGACAGACAGACACGUCUUUGAGAUCGAGCCUCUUCAGGCCUCAGGCCAGCCCUGCGGAAGAGGGCCUGUGCGGUACUGCAGCCGGGUGGAGAUCCCUUCAGGGCAGGUGUCUCGUCAGAAAGAGGUUUUCCAGGCCCUGGAAGCAGGCAAGAGAGAAGAGCAGGGGUCCCGAGUAAGCCCUGGGCCCAUCCCUGCAGGUUCUGUGCACAAGUUCACCUGGCUCUUUGAGAACUGCCCCAUGGGCUCCCUGGCAGCUGAGAGCAUCCGAGGUGGUAACCUCCAGGAAGAGCAGCCUGUGAGCUCCUCAGGCAACAGGGCGACACAGAGGCAGGAGACGGCGGCUGAGGAGACGCUGCGGACUCUGCACACCACACCUGGCAUCCUGCACCACGGAGGCAUCCUCAUGGAGGCCCGAGGGCCGGGAGAGCUCUGCCUGGCCAAGUACGUGCUCCCAGAUGCAGGGCAAGGGUGCCCCUACGUACGGAAGGAGGAGCUGGUGUCUGGAGAACUUCCCAGGAUUGUCCGCCAAGUGCUGCACCGGCCAGACGUGGACCAGCAGGGGCUGCUGGUGCAGGAGGACCCAACCGGCCAGCUCCAGCUCAAGCAGCUGAGGCUGCCAGCGCCGGGUAGCAGUGGGGGUAUUGAAGACAUGGAUCCUGAGCUCCAGCAGCUGCUGGCUUGUGGCCUCAGGGCCUCUGUGGCAAGGACAGGGCUGGUGAUGCAGGAGACAGAGCAGGGCCUGGUUGCACUGACCGCCUACUCCUUACAGCCCCGGCUAACUAGCAGGGCUCCCGAGAGGAGCAGUGUGCAGCUGCUGGCCAGCUGCAUAGACAAGGGAGAUCUGAGUGGCCUGCAAAGUCUGCGAUGGGAGCCACCAGCUGACCCAAGUCCAGUGCCAGCCAGCGAGGGGGCCCAGAGGCUGCCCCCAACUGAGAGCAUCAUCCAUGUUCCACCACUGGACCCCAGCAUGGGGAUGGGGCAUCUGAGAGGCCCAGGGGCCACCUCCCUCCCUCCUCAGGCCAUUGGAAAGGCAGCCUCUGUGGCUGGGAAAGCUUCAGCCCCAGCCCAAUUGCAGGACGCAGAAAAGCAGGAAGACAGCCACACUGGGCAGAAAGGGAUGGCAGCCUUGGGAAAGUCAAAAGGAGCCACAGCUACCCCUCUGGUGCCUGGGGCCCCAGAUCUCCUGGACGCCAUGCAGAGUCUGCGGAUGACAACAGCCGAGGCCCAAAACCUGCACCAGCAAGUUCUGAACAAGCACAAGCAGAGCCCCGCCCCUGCAGCCACUUCCACGCCCAUCCAGGAUGGUCUUCUCCGAGUUCCGGCCAAGACCACUGGGGCUACCCAGAGCAACACCAGGCCUGUGGGUGGAGGUGACCCCAAGAUCCCAGCAGCCCCCAGAAAGGUCAGUGGGGAAGAAAAAGCACUACCCAGAGGGCUGCCUGGGGGGUGGGUAACAAUUCAGGACGGCAUCUACACUGCUCACCCUGUGAGGACCUUUGAUUCAUCUGGGGGUAUCCAGCCUUCUGAAAAAAAACCCCAGCCCAGGGGCAGGGAGACCGCCCUCUCGGCCCAGGCUCCCAGCCCACUCCAGGGAGGCCCAGGUCAGAGUAUUGGGCCAGGGCGGGGGGAGCCUGGGGGCCAUACACAGAGGGCCGGGGGGCCUCCAGGGAAGGUGAUGGCAGAAGUCUGUCCAGGGGGCCUCCAAGCUGCAGAGACCACUCUGAAGACUGCCCAUCUAUCCCGCCACACUUUGGCCUCUGGGCCCCAUCCUGCAGGUGCCAGCCUGCACUCCCAUAAUGCCUCUGUUCCUCCCCCUCCUGCUCUCCCAGCUGCUGUGACAGGACCUGACUUCCCAGCCCGAGCCCGCCACGAUGAGGACUUCAUCCAGCAGGCCUCCGAGCCCCUGCAGAACUCCCUUCACUCCCACAGCAGUCCUGCUGGCCAGAGAACCCCGGGGGGGUCACAGACAAAGACUGCAAAACUGGAGUCCACCAUGCCCCCAAGAAAGAAGCCCCAGCUGCCCCCCAAACCUGCACACCUAACCCAGAUCCACCCUCCUCAGAGGCUGCCCAAGCCCUCGGCUCUAUCUCCCAGCUUUUCCUCGGAGAGGGGGCAAGGAGAACAUAAACGAGGUGAGACGGAUGCAGCCAUUCCGCAGCCAGCCAAGGUUCCCACCACUAUAGACCUGGGCCACAUGCCUCGGACUGGAUGCCCCAGUGGACAGAGCCAGCUCAGCCCCCAACAUGGCCUCAGCACCGUGGCCCUCAGGCCCAUCAACAGUCAGGCUGCAGACAGCAGUGCCCACAGCUCUGAGCCCCCCACGUCCCAUGCUCUCAAUGGCAACCCCAUCUCACCACAGUGGGGGCCCAGCCCCCCAGGAGAGCAGCCCAUGGAAAGUUCCAAGCAGGGGCCCCCUGAGAGCCCUGAGGUUCUACAGGGAAGCCAGGAAGAGCUCCAGGGCCUCCUAAGCCAGGUUCAAGCCCUGGAGAAGGAAGCUGCAAGCAGUGUGGAUGUGCGGGCCCUGCGGAGGCUCUUUGAGACUGUGCCCCAACUGGGAGGGGUUGCCCCUCAGGCUCCUGCUGCCCCCCAAAAGCCCGAGGCCUCAGUGGAGCAGGCCUUUGGGGAGCUGACUCGGGUCAGCACAGAGGUUGCCCGGCUGAAGGAACAGACCCUGGCCAGGCUGCUGGACAUUGAAGAGGCUGUGCACAAGGCCCUCAGCUCCAUGUCUAGCCUGCAACCUGAGGCUAAUGCCAGAGGCCAUUCCCAGGGACCCCCAAAGGACCACAGUGCCCACAAGGUCAGUGUCACGGUCAGCAGUAGUGCCAGGCCCAGUUGCUCAGGCCAGGAGGCCAGAGACCAAACUACAGUCAAAAGCCAAGCCAAGGCUGGAUGCCACACUGAGGUCCCAAGUCAAACCGAGGCCAGAAAUCUCACAGAGGCCAGAGGUCAAGCAGCCUCAACUGCUCCUCCCACCAGGAGCCCAGAGACAUCAGGAGAAGACUUGGGCUUCCCUCGCAUCUUGCCUUCCAGCAGAGAUUCCCCCUCCUCCCCAACAUUCAUCUCUAUCCAGUCAGCCACAAGGAAGCUUCCAGAGGCUUCUAGCCCUAAGGCCAACCCCAAUGUCUCAGUGGAAAGUACACACCUGGCUCAGGACAUGAGCCAGGCCCUGCUCCACCAGAAAGGCAUGGAGACCAAGGCUGGGAAGAAGGAGGUCUCCCAGUGCUGUGGACAGCCCGAGCCUGCCCCUGCUUCAGCCAGCCCCCUGCCCACAGGGUGGCAAAAGAGUGUUCUGGAGCUACAGACUGGGCCAGGUGGCUCCCAGUGCUAUGGAGCCACAAGAACCGUGACCGAGCAGUAUGAGGAGGUGGACCAGUUUGGGAACACAGUCCUCAUGUCCUCCACCACAGUCACUGAGCAGGCAGAUCCACCCAGGGGCCCGGGCCCCCAUCUCGGGUUCCACACCUCCCCUUUGCUGAGGCAGUUCCUGCAUAGCCCAGCCGGGUUCAGCAGUGACUUGGCAGAAGCUGAGAUAGCACAGGUGCCCUGCAGCCACUCCCAGCCAGCUACCCAGUGAGCCCCUCCACCUCCCCCUACAACCCCCACCCAUUAUUGGGGUGCCUCCCUUUACAGCCCCAGAACUGAGGUGGGUGCCUACCUCCUGCAUACGUAAGGCAAGGACCAAGAAGAAAGGGCAUCUUUAGAGAACUGUUAUGGGACAUUUCCCUUUUGUUGGUACCAUCAAUAGGCCCAGUUCUUCCAAAAGGAGGAAGAAAGGUCAGGAAAAGGCCCACCAAGUAGCACUGCAUGAGGGUAGGAUGGGGGCUCCCAGCAGCUGGUGGAGGAUGUAAUGUGCACAGACACACACAUGCUCCUCACACAGGCCUGGCCCACGCAUGACACGUGUGAAUCUGCACACCACUGCCUGAGUUGGAACCCCCCCUCCUCCACCCUCAGCUUUUAUUUCUUUUAUUAGUCUGAAUGUUCUCAGCCAUCUGCUUCUUAAUCCUUGGAGAGGAAUAGGCCCAGCUGGACACAGCACUGGUCUCUAUUUGGGACUGGUCUGAGGGCUCCAGAAGGGCCUGGCUGCCAGCCUCCUCACCACCAUCUCCACCAUUCAGCUGGUCAUCCUGGUGGCUCAAAGGUCACACACAAGGAGUCAGCAAUCAGCAAUGUCCAUAGAAGCCAAAUGCACUACCUCUCUCUGCCCCCACCCCACUGCUCCCCACUGUGCACCCCAAAUGGAAAGGACACCGUCCAAAUAAACUCAAGUUUUAUGCUCUA